AUGCCCAACACCCGUCCCCGCUCGCCUAAGGCCUCCGAGACCGGUGAGGAUGACGCUGAGUAUGAAGCGCUGCGCCACUAUGUGCGCCACGAGCUUCUUGGUCACAUCCCCCACGUCGAGCGCUUUCAUGUCGACCCGGCGGUGGUCCUCAAGACGGAACCAUCAGCAAAUGGCGCUGGCAAAGAGGUCAGGGUGAUCACUACCGAGGACGGUCGCACCGAAUACCUCACGGACGGCUGGCGCAAGGUCAGCAAGGGCAAGAAGGACGAGGGUAACAACAAGGCCGAAGCCAGCAAGCCUGACAACGCCGUCAUCAACAAGGACACUGCCAAGUCUGCCGGCGAGACUUCCAGCCAGGCAAGCGGCGGAGUUGACGCCAAGGCCGAUUAG